GAUGCUUAGCUGCGCUACUUCUGAUGGCCUGUGCUUGCCAUGGCUACAGGAUCUUAGUCAUGUUCCCGUCUCCGGGCAAGAGCCAUAGCAUCCUCGCCCAGGGCUAUGUCCGGCAUCUCACCAGGGCUGGACAUGAGGUAACGCUUGUCACAUCAUUCCCUUCAAACAGCACAAACCCCAAGUUGCGUGAAAUUGACGUCAGUGACAACUUGAUUACCGUUAAAGGGCGUGCAUUGAAAUUAGGAAGAAUCAUGAAGAAAGAGUAUGACAUAACAGACCAAAGCCUAACAAUAGGUUACUAUGGAAAGGUCGCUCAGAUGUCGCUGAGGAACAAGAACGUGCAACAACUAUUAACGGACCACAACAAGCACUUUGAUGUGGUUAUUGCAGAGUGGCUUUUUGAUGAACUUUAUAGUGGGUUGGGUACCGUAUUCAAUUGCCCUUUAAUCUGGGCGUCCACGUUCGAUCCGCAUUGGCUGAUACUACGCCUGAUCGACCAGCCUAGCAACCCCGCGUACGUUGCCAACUGCAAGUCUCUCAACGUGCCACCCUUUACGCUGGUGCAGCGGGUGGAAGAGCUGUGGGCUUUCAUUAGGGUGGCUUUUGCGAAGUUCUUGUGAGCAUUUCUUAGGAUAAAAUUUCAUCAUCACGAA